AUGGCCAACUCUAAGUAUGAAUAUGUCAAGCAAUUUGAGCAGCCUGACGCCCUUCUACCAAACACAUGGGUCGUCGUGAGACUCGAUGGGAGAGGUUUCACCAAAAUGUGCGCCAAGUAUCACUUCGAGAAGCCCAACGACAAACGAGCUCUCGACCUCAUGAAUGCGGCAGCCAAGGCAGUAGUUACUGAGCUUCCAGAUAUCACUAUUGCUUAUGGUAUCAGCGAUGAGUACAGGGGUAACAUGAGUACAACAGAGGCUACCGAGGCCUUGAAUGGCACGUUUUCGUCGGAUAAAAACGAGAUUCUGUUUUCCAAAUUUGGGAUCAACUACAACAACGAGCCCGAGAUCUACAAGAAGGGGAGCGUUCUGUUUCGGGAAUACGAGCUCGUUGAGAUCGAAGGCCGGAACAUCGCAGAGGAGGCCGACAACAUCGCAGAGCCGGUGCAGCAGUCCAAAACCCAGACUGAGAAGGACAAGAAGAAGCGGUCCAAGGCGCGGGUAGUGGUUGAACAUUUGGAUAUCAUUAAGGACGACUUUUGGGAUAAGAGGCCGUGGCUGCUCUCUGGCAAGCCAGGCAGUCUCCCGAAACAGCCGGAGCUGUGA